UGGUAGGAAGCAGCUGAAGGCAGAAGAGCUCUGACCUGAUCUCUUGGCAGUGGCUGGCUCUCAACACUUGUGGAAUCUCUGCCCUUUUAAAAAGUUAUAUAAUAGUCUCUCAGAAGGCUGGUUAGCUUUGAGGGCUUGGGGAAAGGGUGGCCAACUAGGGGGCCUGCCUGCCAGGCAGGGGGCAGCAGUAUGAACAGCAGGCAAGGCUGCUUCUGCGCAGAGCUCAUUGACUACAGCUGAGAGGAGGUGUAGUGGCACCCAAUGGGGAACAGUGCAGCCUGUCGCAGUAACCCCAGUGCCAUCUUUAAGGUGGGCCGGCUAAGGGGUCCAGUGGAGCAGCAUUGCAAGUCUGAGAUCUGUGGGUCAGUGGCUGGAGAUGUGGUGACACAAGCACUUGCUGCCGAGGAAACCGAGGAGUUUUUCAGUAGAACCAGGGACGGUCACCACCUGCUCCAUAUCAGUGACUGGGAGAUGCCCCAAGAUACAGCUUUGGAAUCAAACCCUUCUGACCAUCCAAGGGCAAGCACAAUUUUCCUGAGCAAAUCUCAAACAUACAUGCAUGAUGAGAAGAGGAAAUAUUCCAACCAUGUAUUUCCAGGGCAGCUUACUAGAAAGUACAGCUCAUGCUCAACGAUAUUUCUAGAUGACAGCACGCUCAGCCAGCCAAAUCGGAGAAACACGGUGCAGUGUGUGACCUUAGCAAUAUAUUACCACAUAAAGUACAGAGAUGCAAAUAGAUCCCUGGAUAUUUUUGAUGAGAGACUGCAUCCACUCACACAAGAGAGGAUUCCCCAGGAAUAUUUUGACCAUGAUCCUGAACACAAAUGUAUUUAUAGAUUUGUUGCUACUAUUUUUAAUGCUGCAUGGUUACCAGUUGAAUGUGCAAUAAUAACUUUGGUUUAUUUGGAAAGGCUCUUAUCUUAUACUGAGAUGGACAUCUGUCCUACUAACUGGAAGAGGAUUGUUUUGGGAGCCAUUCUUCUCGCCUGCAAGGCUUGGCAUGAUGACGCUAUAUGGAAUAUCGAUUUCUGCCAGAUCCUCAAGAAUAUUACACUUGAGGACAUGAAUGAGUUGGAAAGGCAUUACUUGGACCUGCUUGAAUUCAAUGUUAAUGUGUCUUCCAGUGUUUAUGCUAAAUACUACUUUGACCUUCGCUCUUUAGCAGAUGACAAUGAUGUGUGUUUUGUGUUCGCACCUCUCACCAAAGAAAGAGCACAGAACCUCGAGGCCAUGUCAAGGUUGUGUGAAGAUGAAGACUUGAGCAGAGCAGCUAUGAGAAGGUCUUCCAGUGAAGGCAAUUUUAUUGGUAUCCGGCUGUCUAAUGCUGUCCUCUCUUAAAAGGGAAAAAGGGAGCUAUGAUGUCACCAACCCCUCAUUUACACAAGAGGGAAAAUACUUCUCUUGCUUUAAAAAAAACCUGAUAAGUAAAUAUUUAAAAGAUAUGAUCUUGAGUUCAAGAGACUCCUGGACAAUGGUACUUGCAUCUCCAUUUGUUUUUUUACUUCUGAUACUAUCAUAUUAGAAAGUUCGAGAGGGUGUCUUCCAAUAUUCUCUAUCUCAUUAUGCUCUGGACUUGUCCUGGGUGGGCCAGAGGUCUAGGGCUACAUUUUGCUUCUGUGUCUUGUCAUUUUCUUUUUUUUUAUUUUAACAAAAUGGAACAAAACAGAUCAUAAGGAAAUAAUUUUAAGAAACAUGGAUUUCCACUGGAGAUCAUUACUGUCUAUCAUUUUGUCUCUAGUUUUCUUCCAAAUAGUUGUCCCUAUUUUCACCCAUAUUGAAUACAUACUGAACAUUGUAGAACUAAUCUAGUCAUAACAGAAUGAUGAAGACUUUUUAGGUCUUCAAGACCGGACACUGGGGAAAUCAACAAUGACUACCAUAAUGUCUCUCAUUCUCUUUGAAGUAGCUUUCCAUAUCUUUACGUAUGCUAAAAUUAAACAUAAGAGACUAGACCAAUAUCAUUCUGAACAGUGAAUAAUAAUAUUGCUAGAUUUUAUAUCAUAAUGCUACAGACAGCACUGUGUAUCUUAGUGUCUCUUCUUAUUCAGAGUAUCUGUUCAUUACAUCGUGCAUUAUAUAAUCUGUUCCCAUAAACUGUUUAGAAAUUCUCCAUAUGUGUGAAUAUCUACAUGUAUAUCUAUCCUUUCUGUAUUAUAGGGAAAAACAGAUCAAAACAAGACAACAAAACAAAUUCCUAGAAAAACAUGAAACGAAAGACAUAUAAAACCACAAUAUUAGGUGAUCUACAGUAGUAACUAUGCUUUCUCGUUAUUUUCAAUAGAAUUGUCUACAUCAUCAGACAUAAUAUAAUUAAAUAGCAUUAUAUAGCAAUUUUAAUAAAAACACAACAUUGGAGACAUUAUAGGACUUCAAAAGCAGUUAAUAAUCAAACCAGAGUGGAUAUCUUAUUACAUCUUGUCAUCUUCAGAAUAGUUGCCUCUACUCUCAGACUUGAUACUAUCAAGCAUAUCAAACAUGAAUAAAAUCAGUCAAGACAAAACAGUGGUCUAACAAACCAGCUUCAAAUAAGAUCAGCCAUAGUAAGACAAUGUAAGUAAUAUAGGGCUUCAGUUUAAGUUAAUAGGAAAUUAAGGAUAGUUACCAUAGUAUAGCCUGCUAUUUUGGGUUUAGCUGUCUGUGCCCUCAAAUCUAGUAUGAGUAGACAGACUGGAACAAAAUAAAAUCAAAAUAAACAGAGCAAUAAGACUAAUGUGGCUUUUAAAUCCUGAUACACUAUUAACAAUGUCCUCUGCCUACCUUUUUUAGGCAGUUCCUCUCCUUUCCCUUUCUCAGGAUGCUUUGUAUAUUUUGGGUCCCUCUCGCUCCUUUAGUUUUUAGAUUAGAGGAGCAACCUGCUAUCUAUCUGAGUGGUGCUGAAACUUUUUACUUCUGAGCUUGAUCUUGAGCUGUAUUCCUGUAACUAAAGCCACAAGGUUUUCCUUCCUUCUAGCUGAGUAGUACUCCACUGCACAAAAGUGUCAUGACUUUCCAACCUAUCCGCAGCUGCUGGAUGAGUUGCCUCUAUUUCUCUCUGGUUCCCUGUCACAUAGAGCAUCAUUUUCUCAUCUUUGACUUUAUUAACCUUUCAGAUUGAGUAUAUCUCCUAUUCAGAGCAUCUUGAUGGAUCCUGCCUCCUAAUCUACUCUGUCUGUGGUUCUUUUUGUUAGUGUAUCAAGGCUAUCUAUAUUAGAGAUUAUAGCCCACCUUCUCUGCCUCAUCUCUGCUAUUCAAUUUUUCUGCAAUUAUUUGUUCACUUUUCUCCUUCAUUCCACUGUCUGCCCCAUUCAUUGAGGUCUCUCUGCCACUGUUGCUGGACUCCUGGUAUUUUUUCCUCUCUCUCUCUCUAGAAGUUCCUUCAGUAUUUUUUGUAGGGUUGGAUUGGUGGCCAUGAAUUCCCACAGUUCGUCCUUGUCUUGGAAACAUCUUGUUUCUCCAUUAAUUUUGAGAGAGAGUUUUUCAGGGUACAUCAAUCUGGGUUGGAGGUUAUUUUCUUUCGAGGCAUGGCCUACUUCCCCCCAGGCUCUUCUUGAUUUGAGAGUUUGUGUUGAGAAGUCUGUUGUUAUUUUGAUGAGUUUUCCUGUAUAGGUGAUCUGAUUCUUUUCUUACCACUUUUAAUAUUCUGUUCUUGUGGUGAAUUUCUGGAAUCUUGAUUAUUAUAUGUCUGGGUGUAGAUCUGUUUUGGUUGUAGAUGGUUGGAGUUCUGUAUGCCUCAUUUAUCUGGAUAUCAUUUCUUUUUCCUAUGCUUGGGGGGUUUUCCUUAAUUAUUUCUGUGAAUAGCCUUUGUAAUUCAUUUGUGGUGACUCCUGCUUCUUCACCUCAUGUUCUCUAUUCUUAAAUUAUAGAUUCUCUUGUCAUUUUCUAGCUUUUGAAUUGUUACUUCCUAGUUCCUUGUUAUUUUUAAGAAGUCUUUUCUUUCACGAUCACACAUUAUAAAUCUAUCUUCAAGUUUCAAAAGGCUAACUUUAGUUUCUGUCAAGGCAUUUUGCCAGCUUUCAAUGGAGUUUUUAAUUUCCUGGUAAUCUCUUUGGAUCUGUCUCAUCUAUUCUAGAUUUUGUUUAUAUUCUUCACCAAAGGUUUCUAUUCCUUUUCUGGGUUCUUCCAUUCUUCCAUAUGUGUCUUCUUGAGAGGGGCUUAGCAUUUCUUUUAUUAAUCUUUUCAUAUCUUGCCUCACUUGAGUUACAAUUUUAGUUUUAAGUUUGUCUAUGAGGUCAUGAAGGUAUUUCUUUAUAUCCGCUGAUGUUGUAGCCAAUAUUGCAUGAUUGCUGCAGUGGUUCUCUUCUUCUAUAUUUAACUCUCCUGGGCUUAUUUUCCCAGGGUCAUCAGCUGGAAGUUUUUUCUUAUUUUUUUCUCGUCAUGUUUCUGGCUUCUUUCAAACAGGGGUGUGGUGGAGGUCUCAGGCCCUCUUUGAAUUGCUUACAGUUUUUCUGAAGCAUGCUGGCUGGGGCUUGCUGCCUUCUCAAGUUGGCUGUUAUGUGAGGUGCACGCAGGGAUGAUGUGGGCUGGCCCCUCUCCUCUGAGCCAGUCAACCGCAAAUGCCUUCAGCAACUUAGGCUGUGCUGUGGCGGAUAUCACAGGGUUGGGACAGUUUUGUCCCUGGCUAUUGGGUCCUGACCAGGGGUGUGACUCAGCCCAAGCAGGUCCUACCAGUCUGCUUUGGGCCAGGGGCAGCUGACUGAUGGCACCCUGGCGCUGGUCUCAGGCCUGUUCUGCCCAACUUCAACAUGUCUUCCAGCCGGCCACACCCGCCAUAGGGCCCAAUUUCCAGCACUCACUGAGAAUUAAUGCAGUUCUUCACCUUGGCUCCACUCUCUGCUGUGCCAUGUCCUCCUGCCAAGGGCCAGGGAUUCACCAACUCUGGCUAUUAGCAGUGGCUUCAACGCAACCUUGAAUUGUGCGACUCCACGGUGUUCCCAGCACAGCAUGGGACAGGUCCGCAUCCAGCUCCAGCCCUCCACCCAUGUUUUUCCUUCCUCUUCCUAUUUUUCUUUUUCCUUCAGUUUUGUUAUGGGUCAAAAAAAUCCCUCUUCUCUCAUCCGGCCCUCUCCACGUUAUCAAAUUCUAGGGUCUGAGCUGUUUUUCCUAGAGAGGCUCUCUACCCAGCUACCUGUCAAGCUGCCAUCUUCUUGUCUCUUCCUGUGUCUUGUCAUUUUCUAUUUUGUUUUACUCUGUUGUUUUGGUCUGUUGAUGCUUGUAGAUUUUUUAUGAUAGCUUCAUCACUAAUAUUGAGGUUUCCCUGGGAAAUGUCCAUUCCUCAGAGACAUCAUCUAGGUGUAGGUGGUAUCUAGCCCAAGUACCUACCUUUCCAGUUUAUUAACAAUGAGAAGUUGCUAUCUCUUUACCUAGUCCUUUGGUACAGGAGUAUGGUAAUGGUUAUGACCUCAGACAAUACAAGGGAGAAAAACUGAUUACAACUGACAUCCUGGCUAAUGUAGUACAGCUAGCAGUAAUAGCAUCAGGUUGUACAGUUCUGUAACAAAGCCCAGCAUACAGCAUGGACUUAGAUGCAGUGAUUUCCCUUUAGUAGAGUGAUUUUACUCUGGGGGUGGGGAUUAAGAGGGAAAGGGAAUGAAACAGGUGAAUGAGGACAAAUAUAAUAAAGGCAAUGCUGGAGGGCAAAGGAUGAUGACCCAAGUUUUGGGAAACUGGAGAAGAGCACAGGAGAGAAAGGAUGAAAGAGAUAGCAAAAGAAUAUUGAAGUGAAUCAGAGGAGACAGUGUUCACUUAUGAAGACAUUAUAAAAUCGAGAGCGAUCUGAGGAUAGACACAAGAUGAAUAGAAGAAAACAAAAGAUUAGACACAUGCUCGCAAAAAAACUCCCAACCAGACAGAAAAAGGAAAGAAAACAAAAGGAAAAUAAAACUCUGGUGUCCACAGUUCUGUGGUAGUGUCUGUUCCAGAAAUGUGCUGUGUCAUCCUGCCAGGUUUGCAGUAGGAUCUAUGUGGGUGACGGGGCUGAUCUUGGCCUCUGGUGUGGGGGCUGACACUCAGGGAGCUGGUCUUAAGCGGACAACAUGCAUAUGCCCGCUUGUCCUUACCCUGGUUGUCUCGGUGGUGCUCACCCAGCUGCUGUGACGCCCUCUGGUGGGGCAAGCUUGGGGUUGCUCCCAGACCACUGUACAAUUGGCUCCUAACGCAACUUGCACAGCUUCCUCUGUGGGACACCAUACACUGCUCUUAAGCCCUGGCGGUAGGGCAGGGGGUGCCGUUGUCCCGCUGCAGGCCAAGCCUGCUUUCGUGCUCACAUCGCUGGGCCAAGGCCACUCUGCUGGUUCCAGGCCAGGACGUUGCCUCCAGGCCUUUGUAUUUAGAGAAGAAACUGGCUUCUGGUAGCCACCUGGGUGGAGCCCAGGUGGUCCCAGCUUCUACCUCCCAUCAGAAUUUCCCCCAGUCGGCUUCCCACUGCCGGCUUCUACUGUGACUGAAUGACUCUUCCCUAAUUCCACUCCCAGAGGCUGGCCGUGCAGUGGCCUGCUGCUGUGGAGUUCGCCCCAGGCCUUUGGAAUUAAAUGUUGGCCCCCUGGCUGCUUGUUGUGCCAGCCUGCACUGGUACAGCGGGGUCACCGUGCUCACUGCGCUCCCCAAACCUGGCUCUGUGCCGCCCACUGGAAAGUGGCCCGUAUUCUUACUGCUGCCUCCACUGUCUCCCCGAGUGUCUCUUAACGGUAAUAUUAGGAGGGAUGAAAAUUCAAUAUUCCACUUUUUAAAAAUUAAAACAAUAUUUUAUAACUGUAGAUUCUGUACCUUUACUGGCAUCAAAGCUUAAAAUUACACUGAUUUUUGGAGUGGCUUGUAUUGCUAAAGGAUGUUUCUUCUGUUUUUAAAUAGUUCUCCGGGGGCUGUGCACUGUUUUGAUCAACGAAAUUUCUUUUCUCUGGAUGUGGUGGAGGAUUAUUAAGAGCAGUGUUAAUUCACAUGUAUUAAAAAGACAUUAGGGGCUGGUAGCAAGUGGCAUAAAUUUUCUUAAAGUCUAUUCUGUAAGUUCACCUGGUUUUAGGAGCCCCAUUUCACAUCCUUCUAUUUAACAGGGAGCUUACCUGACCCUUAGGAACGUUACUGAAAGACUUAAGGGUAGUAUCUGGUAAUUUGAGGAGAUUUACAACAUCACUUAAAUUUGAAAUAUUAAGGGUCAGUGCUCUUGCUGUGUGAAAUCUGUUUCUCUACUCAAAUGUAACCCAGGAAUCCUGCCUGUACAUGGCCCUUCUGGACUGGGAAUACUUUCUCAUAGUGCAGCAGAGCCUCACACAACCUUGAGCUGUAGGUUACACUUUUUAAAAAGGGACAUAAGUAAUAUGCAAUUGCAUCAGAAAGACUGUAAUCUAUCACUUCAAAAGAAAGCAGUUUAUGGAAUUUCAAGCUUGGAUAUUUGAAUAUUAAUUGCAGUUGUAUUUUGAAAAAAAAUUAGAACUUACAAGUGUUUUUUUAUUGCCAUGUUUAUAUUUUAAAAAGUAAAUUGUUUUGAUUAAAAUACAUAACUGGUGUGUUUUGUAACAAUUUGCAGUUUA